AUGUCUCUCAGAAUCGCCCUUCCCCGUCUCAAGCAUCUCCCGCAACGACUCAUCCACACCUCUCGUCCAGUCUUCAAAGACGAUGUCCCUACAGCCUCGUCCACUCCCGAAGGACUUGGCUUCACGCCCCACACCGACAGGAAGAGAGAGUUGCCCGAUCUGAAGAUCAAUAUCGGAAGCAGCGCCAGGAAGCACGUUAUCGACAACUUUGUACCUAAAGGGAGCCGAACUGCAGCCAACCCCAACACAGACGCCGACUUUUUCUCAGACUCCCCUGCCCCUCAGCGUCAAUCGCGUUCGCCCCGACAAGCUGGCACUCCCCGACGAGCUCGCGCGACCGAUGCAGUAGCUGCUGAGGCCUUUUCAGCUACCGGUACCGACAGGGCACUUCCUCCUGAUGUCGCCCGUCGUACGCGUGGAGACCGGGGGGACAAGCGUGGAGCUGGGGCUGGAUCGCGAGAUUCUGGGAGGGAGAGGAAACCUAGGAGGGACAAUGCGAGAGAUUCGGCACCCAGGAGGGCAGGUUUGCCCAGGAGCCAUCUGGUGUACGCCGAGGCAGACCAAUCGAAAGAUGGGUUGUUUGGCAAGAAGGGAUUACUGGGUGCCACCAGUCAUCGAUCGUUGCCUUAUAGCAAGGCCAAGCACCCCAUUCCUUACAACACCUCCCAGAUCAUUACUCCCCUUCCCUCUACCCCUCUUCCCAUUCUCUCGCCCCAUCCUGCCAAGGCUGCGUCUCAGUCAGUCCACGUUGCAGACUGGAUAGCUGCCUUGAGUCCGACUAUCGGUCAAAGUGGAAAGGAGGAGCUAUCAGAAGUGACACGGAGGGUUUUGGGUGUGAAGAAGUAG